AUGUCGAAAGAAACAGCGUCUAUGAGAGAAAUACAACACAACCGACAACUCAUUUUGCAAGCUCUAAAUAAGAACACAACAAACUUUUCAAACUAUUCUAAGAUAUCUGAGUCAUUGAAAGAAGGAAACUUAAAACUGACGAUAAACCCAAUGACAGAUGAGUUUCUGUUUCAAGACAGUAAGAACCAUACUGUUUGUAUAAAUCCAACAAAAAGAACUUUAAACGAGAAACCUAUAGAUGAACUUCUUUUGAAAGCAGAUGUUGGCAACAAAGCUGACAAAGAGUAUGUCAUUGAAAAAGUUCAAGAAGAACAUGACAGAGCAGAUGCAACAUAUGCAACGAAAGCAGAUGUUGACAACAAAGCUGACAAAGAGUAUGUCAUUGAAAAAGUUCAAGAAGAACAUGACAGAGCAGAUGCAACAUAUGCAACAAAAGAACAUACUCAUCCUGAACUAGCGGACAAAACAUAUGUUGACAAUAAAAUGUCAAGUGAAGUGACAAGAGCUGACAAAGAAUAUUCUAAAAAGACUCAUACACAUACCAUUGCAAAUAUUACAAACUUACAAGAAACCUUAAACAGGAAAAGUGACGUUGGACAUACACAUACCAUUGCAAAUAUUACAAACUUACAAGAAACCUUAAACAGGAAAAGUGACGUUGGACAUACACAUACCAUUGCAAAUAUUACAAACUUACAAGAAACCUUAAACAGGAAAAGUGCCGUUGGACAUACACAUACCAUUGCAAAUAUUGCAAACUUACAAGAAACAUUAGAGACAAAAGCAGAUAAAACAUAUGUCAAUGAAAUAUACCAAAGUUUAGUUGGAACAACAAAAAAUAUUGAAACUAUUGUUGGUGACUUUUCUAUCUAUGAAGAAAACAAAUAUUUUAGAUGGGAGUUUGUACAGUCCUUAAGAAAUGGUAUACGGUGUAAACUCAUUCCGAAAAAUAACAAUGAAAUGUAUGUAAGCUAUAUAAAGAACGAUGGUACACAAGUUAAAGUUCCAUUAGACAACAACUGCUACUUAAACUUCUAUGGAGACGAACAAAAGAAAUAUUUAAGAGUUUAUGAAAUGACGGAUAUGACAUUGUCUAACGUAGCUCCAGCACCAUAUUAUUAUGACUAUGGUGUUGACGCACGUGUAGACCCAAAAAAGCAAACAUUAUAUUUAGAUUAUUAUAGAUAUAAAAGAUAUAAUGCAAUAGAAAAAACGAGAAUAGUAUACUAUUAUACAGAUGACAGAAAUAAAUAUUAUAGUCAAGACUUUACCUACCCUGAAAACAUAAGAUUAUAUUUUAAAAAAUAUUCUGACACAAACCAGAAGAAACCUGAAAUAGUUGCACUAUAUUUUAAGUUCAAAAGAGACAAUCCUAUAAUAUCUCAUAUGUUUGAUUUAAUGAACCCAGUAGGUUCUAUUUAUACAUCUAUGGAAGCAAGAGGUCCUCAAGCAAUGUUUGGUGUUGGUGCAUGGGAACAAAUAGUCGACAGGUUUUUGUAUUGUGCAAACUCUUCAAAGGAAACAGGUGGAAGUAAAACGAUUUCAGGUGAAAACCUACCUGCGCAUAGUCACUACGUAAGUUUAACUACAUCUCGAGAAGGUUGGCAUAAGCAUAGAUAUUGGGAUUGGACAGGAAUGACAAAAGGUAAAGGAUAUGAUGUUAAAGACGACGUUAAGUUUGCUAUAAAUUGUUACUGGGAUGACACUUGGGGAGAAGGAGACCAUACACAUCGCGUUUCAGGAUAUACGCAAACAACGGGACAAAGUAAAGACUACAUGCCACCUUACAUGACAGUUUACGCAUGGUAUAG